UUCAGACAGAGGGAGAGAGAUAGAAAGAGAGAGAGAGAGAGAGCUUGAGCAAUGGCGACAGUAAACUAUGCGGUGAGGUGCUUCGUCACGAACCCAUCUACGAAAAACCCAUCAAAGUCCAGGCCUUUCGUCGUCAGAUGUUCAGUUCCUCUCUCCUCUUCUCACGACGCCUUCGCUGCUGUUCAAGAAAGGCCCUGGAAGCUGGCUGAUGCGAGGCUGGUCCUGGCGGAUGGUUCUGUUUGGAGGGCCAAGUCGUUUGGGGCUUCCGGAACACAAGUUGGUGAAGUUGUUUUCAACACCUCCUUGACCGGGUAUCAAGAAAUUCUUACAGACCCAAGUUAUGCUGGACAGUUUGUCCUGAUGACAAACCCACAUAUUGGCAAUACUGGGGUUAAUUUCGAUGAUGAAGAAUCGAGGCAAUGCUUCCUUGCCGGCCUUGUCAUUCGAAGUUUAAGUAUCAGCACAUCAAAUUGGAGAUGCACGAAAACAUUGGGUGAUUAUUUGGCAGAAAGGAAUAUCAUGGGAAUAUAUGACGUCGACACACGUGCAAUCACCCGCAGAUUAAGGCAAGAUGGAAGCCUUAUUGGUGUAUUGAGCACAGAACAAUCAAAGACAGAUGAGGAACUUUUGGAAAUGUCACGUUCAUGGGACAUCGUUGGUGUCGAUUUGAUCAGUGGGGUUACAUGUGAUGCUCCUUAUGAAUGGGUUGAUAAAACAAACUCAGACUGGGAGUUCAACUCGGGUGGCAGGGGUGGAGAUAAACUUCGAGUCGUUGCGUAUGACUUCGGGAUCAAGCAGAACAUAUUGAGGCGGUUAGCAUCCUACGGCUGUAAAAUUACCGUAGUCCCCUCGACAUGGCCAGCAUCAGAAACUCUGAAAAUGAACCCCGAUGGAGUUCUAUUCAGCAAUGGCCCAGGAGACCCUUCUGCUGUUCCUUAUGCUGUUGAAAGUGUCAAAGAAAUAAUUGGCAAAGUCCCUGUUUUUGGAAUUUGCAUGGGUCAUCAGUUGCUUGGCCAAGCCCUAGGUGGCAAAACAUUUAAAAUGAAAUUUGGUCAUCAUGGAGGGAAUCAUCCAGUCCGGAACCUUCGCAAUAGCCGAGUGGAGAUUAGUUCUCAGAAUCACAAUUAUGCAGUUGACCCUGCUACACUGCCAGAGGGUGUGGAAGUGACUCACAUAAAUCUUAAUGACGGGAGCUGUGCUGGCCUGGCCUUUCCUGCAUUAAAGCUAAUGUCUCUUCAGUACCACCCUGAAGCAUCCCCAGGACCACAUGAUUCUGAUACCUCUUUUGGGGAAUUUAUACAGCUCAUGAAACAACCCAAACAGGCUGCUUGAGUGAUAUCAUCCUUAUCUCACUUUGGGGUGAUGGCACGCAUCUGGUGCUGAUUGAUGAAGAUGGUUUGGGAAUUCUCAAUAAAUUUCUGUCCAAUUUUUGAAAGGAUUAGUCACUAGAAAUUAUCUAUCUGCCAUUUACUUUUCUUAGCUAUUAGAUAAAAAUGAAGGAUUUUCGUAGGAGUCCUCCGGAUCCCUCGAGUAUCAGGCUAGUCACCAUGUGGACGGAGCUAUUAAGUAAUCCAGUUGUGUCUGCAUCUGAUCUGAGGUGUCUAUAUAGCCAGUUGUCUGCUGUACUCACUCUUCAUCUAAUGUAAUGGAAUGUGCUGUUCUUCAGUGUUGCA